AUGGUGUCGUUCUGGACAUGGGGUCACCUCGUUUUGCUCCUAAUUAUUUGUUUUUUCUCCGUUGAAUGUGAGUUUUGGCGGUCUUUUAUUUGGGAGAAAAGAAAGAGAGGAAAUCGAGUUGCUCCCAUAGUGCAGUGGGUUAAAAAAACUUGCGGUCGAUGAAUGCCUUCACAAGCUCAACAGGACAGAGAGCCCCGCGGGGGAGAAUGUUGUAAAAAUACGUCUUCAAACUCAUGAGGCCGAACCUUUUGUAAUUUUACAUUUCAUCACCGCGGCAUAUUUUUACAACGAGAAAACGGCUCGAGAAUGACAUUAAUUUGGCUCAGGUUCGAUUCCGGGGGUAUCCGGUCUUUAUGAAAUGAGGAUUUUAAUGCUCGGAAAAGAAAAUUAUGAUGUAAUCGGCAUUUCUUUAGCUGCUGGACUUCCCAAAAGGAUGUGUUAUCAAUGCCAUAUGCCUUAUCAGUGCUCCACAGGCUUCUGCUAUGGAGAUUUUUGUGUGAAAUCUCUGGGUGAGUUGGCCAUUUUAAUUUUUUUUAAUGCGUUUGGGAAUAUGACAAAAAAUUACCAGUUCUCAUUUAGUUGGCGACAAGUAUGUGAGCAAAGGUUGUGAGAACAAGAGUGUAAAGUAAGUAAACCCUCUCAGGUAAUGAUUGACAGUACUUAUGCCAGGUCUGUGUCCACCGAAGAGAACUCGGGCUCUACUGAUGUCGGGUGUCUAGAGUCCGAAGUUUUCGGCGUUCCUAAUACGAUAUGCUACUGUAACGACGUCGACUUUUGUAAUCAAUCCCCUCAAAAUUACAGUAAUUUAUUUACAAUGGCAAGCUUUUUGCUGAUCCUGAUACCGUUUAUGUACAUCUAA